UUUGUCCUCACAUUCCACACACAAUUUGCGCCACCUAGUGGUGAAAGUGCAGCACAGACGCUGUCGCUCAGGUAUUACAGUUUAAUCUGUUGAUCCUCUGAAGCCGCCUGUCUUAAAAUGCCCUCAGCCAGACUUUGUUUAAGAUCACCUCAGUGGAAGAUGAAAUCCUGCUCAUGAAAUUCUGCAGGCUGCUGUGCUUAGCUGUCACUUUGCCCUUACAUAUGAUGGAGAUCACAGGCCUGUACGGUGCGUACAAGCGUCUGUUUCCCUUCCUCGCCUACAACAUCACGUUCUCGUACAACGAUAAAAUGCACGACACGAAGAGAAAUCUUUUCCGAAACGUGGGCCGGUUUGCGAACGCGGACGGGACGCUUCGCCUGCUGGAGAUCGGCUGCGGCAGCGGGGCGAACUUCAAGUUCUACCCGUACGGCUGCACGGUGACCUGCACUGACCCCAACCCGCACUUCGAGAAGUACCUGCGGCUGAGCAUGGAGGACAAUAAGCAUUUGACUUAUGAUAGGUUUGUGGUUAUGUCUGGGGAGGACAUGAGGGAAGUGGAUGACGAAACUGUGGACGUCGUUGUCUGCACCUUGGUUCUCUGCUCUGUGGGCAACGUGCGGCUGGUACUGCAGGAGGUUCGGCGCAUUCUCAAAACAGGUGGAGCCUUCUACUUUUUGGAACACGUUGUCUCAGAUCCGUCCUCCUGGACAUACUUCUUUCAACAUGUGCUUGAACCUCUGUGGUACUAUCUUGGGGAUGGUUGUAUGAUCACCAGAGCAACGUGGAAAGAUCUAGAGGCCGCAGGUUUCUCUGAACUUCACCUGAAGCAAAUUGAGGCUCCAGAGGUUACUUUAAUGAUUAGGCCACAUAUUAUGGGAUAUGCCAUUAAGUGACUA